GGGAGGUGGCUUGCCCGCGUUCUAAAAGAUUAGUACCGGUGGGCGCGAUCCGUGGGUUUCAGUGAUCCGGUUGACUAAGGGGACCUCUCGCAUCGGGGGUGCAGCAGACCGAGAGGGAAGCGGAGGGUCAAAGACCGCUAGGAAUAGACUUUUAGGGGUUCCUGAGUGGAACGCCAGGUGAAGAUUGGAAGUGGGAAGCGUCUUAUUCUGAUCUUAUGAAUGCACUUUUGGGGGUCCUUGAGCGCCGCAUAGAAAGAGGGACCACGGGCUAGGCAUUAGUAGCCAGCCAGAAAGAGAGAGAGAAGGAGAAGCAUAGUAGAACAAUCUGGAGGUCUCCUUUUAAAAAGGCGCAGUUUUGGAUUGCAAAACAUAGGAAGCGGCUGGAGAAAGGUGGGGCCGAGAGGAGGGCGCAGGUUGUCGAAAGUGGUGACUGUUGCGCGGAAAAAGGGCAACGGGAGAGUGUGCAUAGCCUGGCGCGAUCUUGCAGCCCGGGUUAAAGAGAGAAGCGGAAUUGGCGAACCUCCCGGAGGGAGAGGCUGAGUGAAGAUGGGGCCUCUGCUGUCUCUAGGGAUUGGGCUCCUGCUGUUCUUGCUCUGGGCUCGCUACAGGGGCAUCGAAUACGUGCUAGUCCACCACCGCUGGAUUUUCGUGUGCCUCUUCCUGUUGCCCCUUUCCGUCCUUUUCGACAUUUACUACCAGCUCCGGGCUUGGGUUGUGCAGAAGCUGCACUGUGCUCCUCGGCAGCAUGACUUGCGCGUUCGGAACAUCCAGAAACAGGUUCGAGAAUGGAAAGCAGAAGGCCAAAAAACAUAUAUGUGCACAGGCCGUCCUGGCUGGCUUACAAUGUCUCUUCGUAUUGGGAAGUACAAGAAGACUCUAAAGAACAUCACAAUCAACCUGAUGGAUAUUUUAAAUGUAGACACUGAGCGACAGGUUGUUCGGGUGGAACCUUUGGUCUCAAUGGGACAAUUAACAGCACACCUGAAUCGUAUGGGCUGGACUAUUCCAGUGGUACCAGAACUUGAUGAUCUUACAGUAGGUGGUCUGCUCAUGGGAACUGGCAUUGAAUCUUCCUCUCAUAUCUAUGGAUUAUUUCAGCAUAUCUGUGUGGCCUGUGAGCUUGUUCUUGCCGAUGGCAGCCAUGUGAGAUGCAGCCCGGAGGAGAACUCAGAUCUAUUUUAUGCAGUGCCUUGGUCUUGUGGCACAUUAGGCUUUUUGGUUGCAGCAGAAAUAAAAAUGAUCCCAUCUAAGAACUAUGUGAAAAUACAUUAUGAGCCCGUAAGAGGACUGAAAGCCAUCUGCAAGAGAUUUGCUGAAGAAUCAGAAAAGAAAGAGAAUCAUUUUGUAGAGGGUAUUGUGUAUUCGUUGGAAGAGGCUGUCAUAAUGACUGGAGUUUUGACCAAUGAAGCCGAGCAAGAAAAGGUCAAUAGAAUUGGGACGUACUACAAGCCAUGGUUUUUUAAGCAUGUGGAAAAUUAUUUGAAAGCUAAUAUUACAGGGACAGAAUAUAUUCCAGCAAGAGAUUAUUAUCAUAGGCAUACAAGGAGCAUUUUCUGGGAGCUCCAGGACAUCAUCCCGUUUGGCAAUCAUCCAAUUUUUCGCUAUCUCUUUGGCUGGAUGGUCCCUCCUAAAAUCUCCCUUUUAAAAUUGACUCAAGGCGAAGCCAUGAGAAAGCUCUAUGAGCAGCACCAUGUGAUACAAGACAUGAUGAUCCCCAUGAAGAGUCUUGAACAAUGUAUUCAAACCUUCCACAGUGUCAUUAAUGUUUAUCCCCUAUGGCUGUGUCCAUUCAUCUUGCCUCACAAUCCUGGAAUGGUUCAUCCAAAAGGAGAUGAAGAGGAACUCUAUGUAGAUGUGGGAGCCUAUGGGAUGCCCCAGACAAAACACUUUGAAGCCAUGGCAUCCACCAGACAAUUAGAAAAGUUUGUGAGGAACGUUCAUGGUUUUCAGAUGUUAUAUGCAGACUGCUAUAUGACCCGUGAAGAAUUCUGGGAAAUGUUUGAUGGCUCCCUAUAUCACAAACUGAGACAAGAACUUCAGUGUAACAAGGCUUUUCCUGAAGUGUAUGAUAAAGUCUGCAAAGCCGCAAGACAUUAAGUCCAACUGGUCCAUGAAGCAACUGGGAAAAUUUGGGUCUAAAUAAAAACUAUUUCUCGUGGUCUUUUCCAAAACCCCUCUUGUUGCUACUUCAGAGACUGCAUUCAAAAUGUGAAAUUUAGAAGAAAUACUUCUGCCUUUGUAUGAAAAUAUAAUUGGUAGUAUUUGUCUUAAAAUGUGUAUGCUUCUUUAUCUUCUUUCUAGGAAUUUCCAUUUUUGACCACUGUGGUUUAAUGAUAGCUUAGGUAUAGAUUGAUAUAUUUAGUAGAAGGGGAAUAGAAAAACCAGAACCUUAAAAUAGAAGAAUAACUUCUUAUAGAUAAAUGAGUGGGAAAUGUAUGCAAGGUUUGCUAUUACAGAUGUACCAUAGGCUCUUUCUGAGAGUUGUGCCAAAUAAAACUGCCUUUCUAAUGUCACAGUUGCCUAUAUCAGAUAGGUUUCUUUGCCCAGGGUUGAAAAGUCAUAAUUCGCAAUAAAGUCAUAAUUAUAACCUGUCUGAACGCUUUGAAUACUAUGGAUUGGAGACUGUUUUUUGAAUUGGUGUAUGUUCUUCACAGUAAUUCCUCUCUCUGUCUCUCUCAUUUUGUUGACAUCUUUUCUUCGACAGUUUUCAUCAAAGUUUUAUGUGCUGCAGGAAAAAAAAAGACUGUUACAGACAUGUCCCCAGGAAGAAGACAAUUUUUUAAAAAAAGUUUGUUUAGAAAUGUUACUGCUUUUCUUGCCUUCCAGUAAUCUUAUCUGUUGGAUUUUGAAUGCUGGCUUAACAGUUUCAUAAUGUAUUUCUCCAAAGUACAAGUUUGUAUUUCUGUUUUAAUAGUAAAGAGGGCUAUCAGUAAUCUGAUAUAAAUAGCAACGGUAUUAUAUUCAUUGUCAUGUCUACCUAUUUUAUGCUUAUUUUGUUCAUGAAAUUCAUGGUAAAGGUAGUCCUUGAUUUACAACCCCAGUUGAGUGCAAGAUUUCUGUUGCGAAGAGAAACAGUUAUUAAAUGGCUUGUCCCCCAUUUCUUAGCACAGCUGUUAAGUUAAGAAUUACAGCAGUUAUUAAGUGAAGAACAUGGUUGUUAAGUGAAUCUGGCUUCCCCAUUACUUUGCUUUUCAGGUCACAAAAGGGGAUCACAUGACCCCGGGGCACUGCAACCGUUGAUAUAAACUAGUUGCCAAGCAUCUGAAUUUUGAUCACAUGACCAUGAGGAUGCCGCAAUGGUUGUAAGUGUGAAAACUGUCAUAAGCCACUUUUUUCAGUGCUGUUGUAACUUUGAAUGUUCCUUAAACAAACUGUUGCAAGUCAAGGACUACCUGUGAGUGGUGGUGAAGAUUUAUAUGGUAGAUGGUUAAAUUAUUAAUAGCAUCAUAUAGAAGAAGUACUCCUCCCUCACUCCUCUUACCAUUGUUACUGUUAUAGGAUUUGUCAUAUUUUUCUUCUACUCAGAUUGUUUAGUGCCUUAAAUCACCUGAAAGAAACUGGAUUGUUUUAGGCCUUCUUAUUUUCAGGAAUACAGUAGAUGUGAGAAAUGCUUGAAAAAACUACUUGGAGGGUGGAUCUCUUUAACCUCUUCCCACCUAACACUUAACAUUACUGGUAAAGACAGCGUUGCUGGGAGCUACCACCAUUAGAUAAAUGCACGCUACUGAUAUAUCAAUUUUUAUAAUUAUCUGGAUGUUGUUGAUAAUCGAAAGACUUGAAACAAAGCUGCUUGGAAUAAAUAAUAGUAUUCUGAGUUUUGUCCCACAUUGUGGCCUGCACUUUGGAAUACUUGAUUCAGACUUGGGUUAGUAUACACUCAAACCUUUUUGCAUAUCCUUCCUCUGCUUUUUGACUAGAGUGACAAUAGAUAAGCUAGAAAAGUAUCUCCUGCAUCAAUGUAUUCCUAUAAUUUAAUAUUACAGCAAAUCGGUGGUUGGCUAGUCCUAAGAACAGUUGAUAAUUACAUGAUUUUAAAGGGUUUUUAUUUGAGUUUUGUGUAUGUUUUAAUGUCACCAAUAUUAACCAAAAUUGGAUCCAAGGACUAAGCUAUGCACAGUUCUAGCAAAGAAUUAAUUAUUUGUAAUUAAUACUUUGAUGUUACCUAUAGUAUCUUAACAUCUGAACUGUCUAUGGAGUUUUAAACAGUUUUUGGUAUUUAAUGGAGAGAUUGGUUUAGAGCUGUCAAACUCCCGGCCCGCAGGCUGGAUGCAUCAUGGGCUGGCCACUGCCACGCCCGGUUUAGUGAAGGGGGAAAAAGUCCUAAUAUGUCACAUGACACUGCCAUGAUGUUAUGAGUUUGACACCCCUGGUAGAGUGAACCAGUAAGAGCAUAUUUUAGACCAGAGGUUUCCAAACCUGGCAACUUUCAGACAUGUGGACUUCAACUCCUAGAAUUUGUCAGGUAUGCGAGCUGAGAGAUUCUGGGAGUUGAAGUCCACAAGUCUUAAAGUUGCCAGUUUUGGAGCCCCCUGUUUUAGACUAAUCCAGAAAUAGCUCAUAUCCAUGUUGCAAUCUAAACAUUCCUUGAGAGAAAAACUUGCUUACAACUUUUCUAGUGCCUUCCCAGACAUCUGAGGACCAUUCCCAUAUGGUGGAACCUGUAAAAUAUCUGCAUAACAACAUCAGAACAUCAGGCAUAAGUUGAAUGCGGAAGCAAAUCAGAAAUUAGACUGGGCUCAAUAUUUGUGUGUAAUUUCUGGAACGUGCCUCAGGUUAUAUCCAUUAAGAUAAGUAAAGUGGUACCUUGGUACUCAUCACUAAUUGGUUCCAGGAGGUGUGAUGAGUACCAAAAACAACGAGUACCAAACAAAUUUUAGUCAUAAGGAAUAAUGUAGUGAAUCACAAGUCAGCUGACACUGACAGGUUCUAGCUUGUGUGUUCACUAUCAAACAAUGAGUACCGGGACAAAAUUUUCACCUUAAAUAUGUUAAAUACAAAUUCAAUGAGUUUCAAGGCAGUUGAGUAUCAAGGUAUUACUGUAUCUGCAAGUUUGAUUUUUGUUGCAACAAUCAGCACACUAUUCCAAUCAUGCAGGUAAAUAUAAUAACAGCAUCAGUAUACUUUGUUUUGCAAUUGUCAGUGAUGUACUGCUGCACUUGGGCAGAAAUUGUACUAUUUCCUUAUAAUAACAGCUAUGGUGUGCCUGAAUAAAAUUGUGUUG